UCGUGCACGGAGCGGAUGUUGUUUAUGAUCGACAUUUUCUUUUGGAAAUUAGUUUUGUGGAUGUAAAUUUCGUAAAACUCACGCGAUUUCGUGUGUAUUUUGUUAAGAUUUCAUGUGGAUUUGUUAGAUCACCACUCUCAGUUGUGAUCCAGUUCUGAAAAAGUGGUUUCAAGUGCGAAGCGAACGCAAACAGCGUCAAAGUUUUUCUGAACCAAUAUAGCGGGAAAUCUACGUAGUGACGCGCACAAAGCUGAUAAUUCGUCGCGAGGGCUGCCGUAGUUUCAUAACCGCCUUGUUAUGUGGUCAUUUAGGCUUUGACAGUGGAUCUCAAUAUUUUCUGAUAUUUGACAAUGUCGGAAGAAAUGGCGUUGGGUGAUAACGUUUCGAGCGAUGAUGCUAAGGUGAACGGCGACGAAGCUGAGGCUGCGAGCGCCGUGGAGGCCGAGGCGCCACCGUCAGAGGCUCCGCCCGAGCCAGAGGAGCCCCCAGCAGAGGACAAACCAGCCGAGGAAUCGGCAAAAGAUGCAGUGGACGAGGCUGACUCUAAGCAAGAACUUGACGAAAAACCUGAUGUCAAAGAAGAACAAUCUGACGUUAACGGUGAAAAAGCUGACAUUAAAGAUGAAAAGCCUGACAUUAACGACGAAAUACCUGACGUUAACGGAGAAAAACCAGAUAUAAAAAAUGAACAACUUGACAUCAAGGAUGAAAAACCUAACGAUGACGCUCAGGAGUCAGAUCAAGCGCCGAAUGAUGCACCAGCCGAUCAGAACGAUGCUGCUGGAGACAGACAAGACAUGGACGUGGAUAAGGAAGCAGACCAGAAACGAGGAUUGAAGAGAAGAGCAUCGAUUGCAUUCAGCGAUGCCGGUGACGAUGAGUUUGUUGGCUUUGAGUUGCCGUACAGCAGUGACUUGAGCAGAUAUAACAGCGUUUUGGAACGCCUGGAGGCAGAAGUGUCUGCAGCCAGCAAAAGCUUCACGCCGGUGAGGCAUGUGAUGGCUACACCGCCUGCUCCAGUCCGAGCAUCAAAGCGAGCCAGACAAGACACUGAUGGAUCAAGACCUUCAUCUGCUUUAUCAUCAAGAUCAGACGGCGAUGGGACUGUCUCCACAGAAGUAGCAUCGUCUCCCCUAAACCGCGGUCGGCGCGCCACCAUUGAGAUGUCAUCGCCUCUGCUUCGGGUGCCUCUGGAGCGAGGAUGGAAGCGCGAGCUGGUGUACCGCGCCGCACUCGACGCGCACUCGCGCCGCAACGCAGACAUAUACUACUACACGCCGCAGGGCAAGAAGCUGCGCUCCACCCGCGAGGUGUCAGAGCAGUUAUCAGGAACUGGAUUGACAUUAGAAAACUUUUCGUUCUUCAAGGAACCAUUAGGGGUCGAUGACCCGGAGAAAGAAAUCAUACGGGACGCAAAAUUGAUGCGUCGCGGAGAAUCGCCCGUAUCAGCGCCGGCCGUGCCCGAAGGCAAACGCGCGCCUAAACCAAAACCGCCUAAAGGCGCCAGCCCCGAACCCACGCCCAAGUCGCCGCCUGCCAAACUGCGAGUAAAAUCAAUGGGCUCCCGUCUAAACAACAGCAAUCCACCCGCGUCACCCGCGCCCGCCCCCUCCCCCGCCACCAAAGCCAAGAAGCCGGCCGAUAACAACAACAGCGCGGCGUGGAAGAAACCCAGUGGCGAGAAGCGGCAGACUCGCAUGGUGAACGGGUCGUCGCCGCCGCCGGUGACGUCGCCGCGUCGGCGCGGCCGCCCCAAGCAGGACACGGACCAUUUCACCGCCUUCUACCACAAGGCGCAGGAGCACAACUACAACGUGGUCGUGCAGAUAUUCCAAUACUUAGGUAUGCGGGAUUUAGCGCACUGCGCAAGAGUUUGCAAGCUGUGGCGGCAGAUGGCGUCGACGCCAGCGCUAUGGAGGCACGUUAGGAUGAAAAAUUCACAUGUAAGCGACUGGGGCGGAUUAUGCACCGCACUCAAGCGCCACGGCACGAAGUGGCUGGACUUACGCAAGAUGCUGCUGCCACAAAACGACACCGUGUUCUGGGAACAGUUCGCGCAACACAUAUCCACUGUAGAUACGAUAGAAAGGAUAGAACUGUGCCGCUGCCCGGCGCGCGCGGUCGAAGCAGUUUGCGCGGGUCUCCCAGGCCUCGUAGCGUUAUCGGCGCUCGCCAUCCGCUCGCCGGCCUUGGACCCGGCGCCGCUGGCCCGCCUGCCGCGCCUGCGGGAGCUGCGCCUCAAGAGCAUGGCGGGGCUCGCGCUGGCUCGGGACCUGCGCCCGCUCGCCAGCUUGGAGCACCUGGCGCAUUUGUCACUCACUUCCAUCAAGGAGCUAGGCUGGUGCGCGUGUGACGUGAUCGGCCAACUGUCUCAGCUGGAGUCUCUAGAACUCGGCGAGUGCACCUUCCGCGCCGAGUUCGCCGGCGUCCUGGCCAAGCUGGCGCGGCUGCGUCGUCUGCGUCUCGAGCGCGGCACCGCCCAAUGCGCCGCGCCUGCCUUACUGCGUGCGCUCGCUGCCCUGCCGCUGCUCACGCGGCUCGAGCUCGUCAACAUCGACGUCAAGGUUGGGUUCGAUGACGCGUUGGCGGAGUGUAAAAACAUCCAAAGGUUACUCAUCAUACCGACCUAUGUGUCACAGUCGGCGACAACUAAUAAACAGGUGCUCAGCGGAGUGUUAAGGUUGAAAGACACACUCACGCACCUAAUGUGGGGGGUCACGAUCGAGCUACUACGCGUGACGGAGUUGUUCAUCGACCAGUGCGAGCAGGCGCCCGACUCCAAGCGACGUGACGUCGGCGAGUGCAUCCCGGUGCUGAAACCAGUGCCUGGCUGCAAGCUGCCCGAUGAGCACCAACACGUGGCCGGCCCGCCGCAGGUUGAAAUCCUGCCGCUACCGACGCUACAGCGGCUGCUAGCAGCCCAGCUACCGCACACGCGACUGAAGCUGCUGCGGAUCCCGUUCCACGCGACGUGGCGCCAGUCGCUGGCCGACUUCCAGUAGCCCUGCCCUCCCCCCACCCCGCGGGAGACGGGACUCGGCGGGGGAGACUACGUAUCUAUGACGGUACUGAAGGAAAUGUGCAACUUGUAUUCAUUGUAGCAGGGAUUCUUCUGUUUAAAUGGUUGAGAGCGUUAGUGUAUGUUAGAGCCUCAUGUCAUGGUAGGGAACAUAAAGACAUGCUAGAGGUAUCUAAAGAUAUGCUAGGGGCGCCUAAAGACAUGUUA